CUUCCGGCCCGGCGCCAUCGCAGCGGAGCCUCGAGAUGGGGAAGUUCAUGAAGCCGGGGAAGGUGGUGCUGGUGCUGGCCGGCCGCUACUCCGGGCGCAAGGCCGUCAUCGUGAAGAACAUCGACGAUGGCACCUCGGACCGGCCGUACAGCCAUGCCUUGGUGGCCGGCAUCGAUCGCUACCCGCGUAAGGUGACUGCUGCCAUGGGCAAGAAAAAGAUCGCUAAAAGGUCCAAGAUCAAGUCCUUCGUGAAGGUUUACAACUACAACCACCUCAUGCCCACUCGGUAUUCUGUGGAUAUUCCCCUGGACAAAACAGUGGUCAAUAAGGACGUGUUCAGGGAUCCUGCUCUGAAACGCAAAGCAAGACGUGAAGCCAAGGUGAAAUUUGAGGAGAGGUACAAAACUGGCAAGAAUAAGUGGUUCUUCCAGAAGCUGCGAUUCUAAGGGUGUAACGAGGUUGCAUCAAUAAAUGUUUAUUAAAAACCGU